AGGGAAGUUUUCCUUAUUGGUGUAACAAAUUGCUUUAUUUUAUUUUUUGCAGUCACAGAUGAUGAUACAGUCAAGAGGUAUUAUGCCAAGUUUGAGGAGAAGUUUUUCCAGACUUGUGAGAAAGAGCUGGCCAAAAUCAAUACCUUCUAUUCUGAAAAGCUGGCCGAGGCUCAGCGACGGUUCGCCACGCUGCAGAACGAGCUGCAGUCAUCGCUGGAUGCCCAGAGGGAGAGCUCUGCCACCGGGCUGGGGCUCAGAAGAAGGAAAACCGUGUUCGCCCUUUCACAGAAGGAGAGAUGCAAACAUAGAAACAUUAAGGAUUUGCAGCUGGCCUUCUCUGAGUUCUACCUCAGCCUUAUACUGCUGCAGAAUUAUCAGAACUUGAACUUCACAGGAUUCAGGAAGAUUCUCAAGAAGCACGAUAAGAUUCUGGAAACUUCCAAGGGGGCAGAUUGGAGGGUGGCCCACGUUGAAGUGGCUCCAUUUUAUACAUGCAAGAAAAUCACUCAGCUCAUCUCUGAGACUGAGGCUCUGGUCACAACAGAGCUGGAAGGCGGCGACCGGCAGAAGGCCAUGAAGAGGCUGAGAGUUCCUCCACUGGGAGCUGCACAACCUGCUCCAGCUUGGACCACCUUCAGAGUGGGACUUUACUGUGGAGUAUUCCUCGUCUUGAUUGUCACUGUAGUCAUUACAGGAGCUGUGAAGAUUAGUGGUUCUAAAGUCUGGCCUGUGGUCAGGAUCUACAGAGGAGGCUUCCUGCUAAUAGAGUUUCUCUUCCUUUUAGGGAUCAACACCUACGGCUGGAGGCAGGCAGGAGUUAAUCAUGUCCUCAUAUUUGAACUUAAUCCCAGAAACAACCUCUCCCACCAACAUCUGUUUGAGAUUGCAGGCCUGUUGGGGGUGCUGUGGUGCGUCAGCUUGCUGUCAAGUCUUUUCUGUGAUAACAUCAGGAUUCCGAUGCAGGCCAACCCUCUGGCUCUUUAUGGCUUCUUCCUCCUGUUUCUCAUCAACCCAUCAAAGACCUGUUACUACAAGUCCCGCUUCUGGCUGCUCAAGCUGCUGUUCAGAGUGGUGACCGCUCCAUUUCAUCAUGUUGGAUUUGCAGACUUCUGGCUGGCUGACCAGUUAAACUCUCUGGUGGUGGUUCUGAUGGAUCUGGAGUACAUGAUCUGUUUCUACAGCUGUGAGCUGAAGUGGACAAAAGGGGAUGGGCUUUACAGUGACACAGAAAGCGUGUGUAACACCUACUCCUAUGGUGUGCGGGCGGUCAUCAAGUGUCUUCCUGCGUGGUUCCGGUUCGCCCAGUGUCUGCGGCGCUAUCGGGACACCAAGCGGGCUUUUCCUCAUCUGGUUAAUGCUGGGAAGUACUCCACUUCCUUCUUUGUCGUCACUUUCUCCGCCCUGUACAGCACACACAAAAACUCCGAACCCGAACACAAAAUCUACCUGUACUUGUACAUUGCCUGUUUAAUUGUAAGCUCUUGUUAUACACUGAUCUGGGAUCUGAAGAUGGACUGGGGCCUGUUUGACCGAAAUGCAGGAGAGAACACCUUCCUACGGGAGGAGAUAGUCUACCCGCACAAGGCCUAUUACUACUGUGCUAUAGUGGAGGAUGUGCUCCUGCGUUUUGCCUGGGUUUUAACAAUCGCUCUCACCUCGCUCACCAAGUUUAAAGACAUGUCUGACAUUCUGGCUACCCUGCUGGCUCCGCUGGAGGUCUUCAGACGCUUCGUGUGGAAUUUCUUCCGACUUGAGAACGAGCAUCUGAAUAACUGUGGUGAGUUCAGGGCGGUCCGAGACAUCAGUGUGGCCCCUCUCAACGCCGAUGACCAGACGCUGCUGGAGCAGAUGAUGGACCAGGAGGACGGAGUCAGGAACCGGCAGGGCAAGAAAAGCUGGAAAAGAAGCUACAGCAUGAGUCUGCGCCGGCCACGGCUGGCCUCACAAUCCAAGACUCGUGACACCAAAGUUCUGAUCGAGGACACCGAUGAUGACUCCUGACAUCAGGCCACGCCCCUCGCCUGGGUCCAGAAUUUAUUCAAAGGAGGAAACUCCGCCUCCUAAGCUAGAGAUUACCCAGCGAGCGGGCGUUGAGCUCAAGAACAGGACGAGGUUUGACCUCUGAAUCAUUUUCCCAUCCACAAGCCUCUGCUGAGGUUCACAAUUAUUUCAAGGGAAGAAUUGUCAGCGUUUUAAAGCAGCUCUGCAGCUCCUCCACCUCCAAUAAAAACUCUUCCCAACCCAGUGGAAGGCAUGAUCCUUCCUGAUGAUUACCCAGCAGUGGACUCCUCCAUUAUCGCUCUGAGUGUCCUCAGAGCCUCAGCAUGAACAAUGCAGCUACUGAAAAAGCAAGCACCCCCCACCAUGACAGCGAUGCUCAGAGAGGGGCCCUCAGUGGCACCGGGGUUCCUCUGUUCAUUUGGACCAAACAGUGAGAGAGAAUCUCUUCUUCCUCAACAAGAAAACUGAAACGGUCUCUUCCUCUUCCCCUCCAUCAUGAUGCAGCAGACAGCUUCAACCACUCCCCCUGGCCCCGCCUCCUCUCUAGCUCCUCCCACCUCAUCAUCACAGAGCUGCCUUCUUGCACCUUACAUGCUUUGGAAACACCAACAUGCACUUUGUAGAAAAGGUCAUCCACUAGAGCAGUGAUUUAUUUCAAUGUUUCUGCAUGUAUGAGGAACCCAGGGUGACGAUCAACACACUGACUGUCAUCAGACAUGUUUGUAAUCGUGAGACAAACUCAUUAAGUCGGGUUUGUGAAAAUGUUCAGAAACAAUCAAGCAGAAAUACAAGUGAAGAUCUGACUGUUUGGAACAGCAGCUGGAAUGAAGUUCCUGAUGAAACAAUGAAGAUCCCACAGCCAAUUUCCACUGGGAAUGUGAGAAGAAAUACUUUCUGUUAGAAGACAGUGUGACUGAGAGAGAUGCCCAAACACCACCUGCUCACUCAGUGUCUGUCCUCAGAAAUCCAAACUGAAAAUCUAAGGGCCCAGAACAGGAAGGCUAAUUGUUCUGUUGUUAGCACCUGUUUAGUUGAAGUGCAUCAAUGAUGAUGAAGAGGAGAGGUCACCUGUCUGUCCCACACUCAUUUACACUGCCAACAUGAGCAUCAUAAGAGUGAAAAGAUGCAUUCGCUGCAGGUGCAUGUGGCAAAUGAAAUCAUCCAGUCUGAAAUCUACCUUAGAACUGGUUCUAGUGUUGCGCUGGUGUGGAUCAAACAUCACCUCAUUGGGCCCAACAUGCACACUUCCAUCAUAGUUUUCAUUUGAAGCUAGUAUGUCGUCCUAAUGUCACCUGCCAGGCUGUGCAAACUCAGAUAUUCUUUUCCUUUAAGGCGUCCUGUAAGGGUGAAUGUUUUCUGUUUGUCAGUGAGCAGCAGUAGAAGCUAAUGCAGUGCAUGUUCUUCACGUGUUGGUAGCUCAUGUCGGAGCAGCCGUGUCGUCAUCACCAAGCCUUUGUUUGGACACGAUGGAGCAGAACCUUUAGAUUCUGGUGGUACAAGGAGGUUGAUGAUGCUUUGUGUCUAAUGUUGUAGAUUUCUACCUGGUUGAACAUUAGAGAGCCACUUGGACUGUUGUUACACUUAGUUUCUUUGCUGGUUGGUUUAACCAAGAGUGCAGAAAGGAAAAUCCAUCCCAUCUUGAUCAGAAGGAAGCUGGCAUGUGAGUCGGCUCCUCCUUCUUGUUGGCUGGCUGGCUCUGCUGUACAGAGAGGAUGAGGAGCUCACCUUCAUAUUUAGAAAAUCAUCAUGAAAAAUCUCUCUUGAGGUGUUUUGGCUGUUAAUGUCAGCAUUUUGGACCAUAUAAGUGCUGUUUAGUUUUGUGUGUGGACGUUUCCUUGUGUUUUGAUGAGGGAUCAGUUGUAGGAGCCUCAGUGUUUCCCACCAGGGCCUGAGAUGAGUGGGAAUCGAUGUGAACUCACGAUAUUUUCGGCAUGUUUGCACCUUCACCUGCUGCAUCACAGCAUUUUCUGGGCUACCUGUCAGACAUUUCUGCCUCUUCUUGUCAAUUGUACAUUAACUUAAAAUCUCCAUUAUUUUACAAUGAGAAAAUGGACCAAUACGUUGACUGACCUAAAUGUAUUUAUUCUCACUUUCACUUAAUAAAAUUUUUAGCCUCAUUUCGGCCAUCUUAAAGCUUUUUGACAUUCCAUAGAAAGAUGCAGUCUGUCAAACACAGCAGCCCAUCAUGAGUAAAGAUGCUUAGCACUGGCUCAGACAGAUGACUCAUCCUCCCUUUUUCAUCCUUCUGCUAAAUAUUUCCCAAAGUAAAGCGUCGCCCAUGUGGUCAAAAUCUUUGAAAAUGCUUGUUUGUUAUUUUUAUUUCUUGUGUUUGUCUUCAGAUACAAUGUUCACUUAGAUCUUACCAUUUGGUAAAAGCAAUGUUUUCUUAAGUUGUGGGCCAUAGCAUAUUUAAAAAAAUGUUAUUUUAGAAAAGGUGUUAAAGAACCUUGAUUUAAAUGGUGGAAUUUGCAGGACCAAACCCAAGUUCCUUCAGAAUGUCUUAGGAAUGUCAAAGUUGAAGAUCUGAAUCAGGAAUAGCUCACUCUGUACCAACAGAUCCCAACCAACUCCUGACAACACUCCAGAGGUGACUGGACCAAUCAGAAAGCCGUGCUUUGCGUCUGCCUGCAGGGAGCUCUGUGGCCUGUUCUGAUACCGAGGUCACUGGGUCAGUUACAUGAGUCAUAAACUGCAGAAACCUGAAGAAUUCAAGUUGCAUGUCUUCAGAACCUUAAACUGACUUUGGACUGAGCAAUAAGUCAACAGUGUUACAGUGUCAAUUGUUGAGAAACAGUGCUCUGAUUAAUUCAAUGUUCUCUGUAUGCAUCAUUCGGCAAUCAGGGUUGCUUCUGAGGUCUAUGUGACUGAGCCGACUGCUUCAGGCCAACACCUUCCUCUCUGCUCCAUCUGUCCCUCUGGAAGGUUUUUCUCCCCAAAAGGGGUCAUGAUUUUCCAAAGUGUGACUUUUCCUUGGAUGACGAACAGACUGUGGCCACUUCCAGUAAAAGUUAUGAUGUUCUCCGUCAGUGGAUGAUGUUACAAACUGAAUGAAAGUUACUGACAGUUUAUAUGUGACACUUAUGACUUUGAAAGAACAGAUGAUUAAAAAAAAGUUCAACUUUCAAAUCGAUCAACACUCUGUGACAUCAUCGUGUUUGUGUCUUCUAACCAGUUUUCAAAAAGAACACAGAUGACUUUAUCCACACCCUGAUCCUGCUGCGCCACACUCUGGAACUCCUGAUUACAUCUUAUAUAUGUGUAUAUAUAUAUAAUUAUGAAUAAAUGAUUGAGAAGCGUAUAAUCAAUGACUGUGCUAUUGUUGUCUACAUGUUAGCAGUGUGAUGAUACAGAGGUGCCUUGUUCACCAAACUGUUCCAAUUUUGUAGUAAAAAUGGCUAAAGAUGCAAA